AUGGCUACUUCGACGGCUGUUUUAAGCAUCCAUCUAACCGGUCUUUGUCUUGGCAUUAAGUGUGCGUAUCUCCACGACCAGGCGCUUCCCUCCACGCAACAGCAAUCAUUUGGGGUUCCUGGCGCCAAGGUUUCAGAGAAGCCCUUUGCCGCAUUUCAUUUCAACAUCACCUACCCGGCUGUCUCACCGUGGUCACGUUUCUUCUGUCCCUUUCGCACUCUGUCCAUCGCUUUUAAGUACUGUUAUCUAUCUUCUUCCCCUUUCUUCAUUCACUUCCCCUCCAAUCAUUAUUUGGCUGCCUUAAUGAUGUUAGAUUGCUCCCAACCGGUUGAAUAUAACAAUGAGCGGAGUCUGGACGAUAAUUCCAGCUCCGAUAUGAGCGAGGUCUUUUCGGAUAUUAAAUCUGAUAGCGACUCUAACACUGACCUAGAACUUGAUAGUGAGAAUUCCGAUAGUGAUGAUGAUAAGCUCGACGGCAGUGUUUUCAGCGAUGAGGGCCAACUGUCUCCAGAAUACUACUUGGCCCAAGCAGAAAGCUUAGAUGUCUCACAACUUCGACAAAAGCGGUACGCUGAUAGUACUCAGGGAUAUCUAGAUAAUACCCGUAUAUACUGGGAUAGGUACUAUCGGCAUAUUGGUGUUGACCUAGUGCUACACUGGAAAUCGAUCUCGGACUUUAACGAGACGGUCCAAUUCCUCUAUGGAUUUUUUGGCUGGAGGUGUGACAUUUGCCGUGGCAAGGACGGUCGACACUGUCCGGGCUUUCAAGUCAAGAGCUCAUUGCAAACAUUCUGGAAGUGGUGGCAUCUUGUUCUUAAACAGGAGACAGAAUCGGAGCUAAACAAAGAAACUAUUCGCAAAGUAGAGGACAUUAUUACCCUUAUGGCCGAGGAGAAAAAGCUCAAACUCACCCAGCGGCCAAAGAAGAACAUAUACAUUAAAGACGUUGCGGAGUUCGCAUAUAUUCUCUUGAAAACCACUGAAAUGACAUAUAGGUGCGGCUAG